UGUCAAGGACGCUUCACUCGGGAAGGUCGAUAGGCUGCAGAAACCACAAAAUCAGCAUCUUCCAAUGAAAUUAUUGGUUUAAGUCGUAUAAUCUUACAUAUUUGGCGAUAUGGAUUCGUCUCCAACGAGCAGAAAAUACAGCAUGGCGGGCGUCUUGGGGAAGGAAGGAGAGCAAAUACAGGCCGGGAGUUUCGCCGGGAAAGCCGUCGGUGUCUUCACUAGCGGCGGAGACUCUCAGGGAAUGAACUCGGCUGUCAGAGCUGUUGUCAGGAUGGGAUAUUACCUUGGGUGCAAGACAUACUAUAUCAAAGAGGGUUACCAAGGUAUGGUGGACGGAGGUGAUAAUAUCAUUGAAGCAACUUGGGGCAGCUCCUCUGGCAUUAUGCAGCUGGGUGGUACAGUGAUUGGCAGCGCACGCUGUGCUGCGUUCCGUACCCGGGAGGGUCGUCUGAUGGCCGCCCAGAACCUGAUAGAUAGGGAAAUAACAAACCUUGUGGUGAUCGGUGGGGAUGGAUCGCUGACUGGGGCAAACCUGUUCAGGCAGGAGUGGCCGGACCUUCUGGGGGAGCUGAGAAACCAGAAGCGUAUAACCCAGACCCAACAAGAGACUUGCCAGCACUUGAACAUCGUGGGAAUGGUCGGGUCCAUCGACAAUGACUUCUGUGGUACGGACAUGACCAUUGGUACGGACACCGCUCUCCACAGGAUCAUGGAAUCUGUGGAUACCAUUUCAACCACGGCCUCAAGUCACCAGAGGGCCUUUGUCCUAGAAGUUAUGGGCAGACAUUGUGGGUACCUAGCGUUGGUGGGGGCCCUCAGUUGCGAGGCCGACUGGGUUUUCCUGCCAGAGUGGCCCCCAGAGGACAACUGGGAAGACGUGCUGUGUCAUAAAAUAUCACGUGAGCGAGGGACAGGCCAAAGAUUGAAUGUCAUCCUGGUUGCUGAGGGCUCGAUUGAUCGCCAUGGCAACCCAAUUACUGCCACACAAGUGCAGGAUCUGAUCAUCAAGCGUCUGAAGUAUGAUACCAGAGUUACGGUUCUUGGCCAUGUGCAGAGAGGAGGCAGUCCCACAGCAUUUGAUCGCAUUCUGGGCGCGCGUAUGGGUGCGGAGGCAGUUCUAGCGUUGAUGGAUGCCACACCAGACACCCCAGCCUGUGUUAUCUCCCUUGAUGGAAACCAGGCUGUACGUGUUCCCCUCAUGGAGUGUGUUGAAAAGACAAAACAAGUACAGAAGGCUAUGGAUCAGCGCAACUUUGACGAGGCUGUUAGACUUAGAGGAAAGAGUUUCCAGAAUAACCUGACUACCUACCGUCUGCUGAGUAAACUACAACCACCAAAGAAAGGCGUUGUCACAAACAAGCAGAAGUUUGCCAUAAUGAAUAUCGGAGCGCCGGCCUGUGGAAUGAAUGCAGUGGUUCGCUCGUUUGUCCGUCUGUCUCUUGCUAGCGGCUACACUGUUCUUGGUAUCCAUGACAGCUUUGAUGGUCUACUUUAUGGACGGUCAACUGAAUUGAUUGACCCGGUAAAGCCAAUGACAUGGACUGAGGUACAUGGCUGGUCAGGAAAGGGAGGAUCCCUCCUUGGAACAAAAAAGGUGCUAGCCAGCAAGUACGGUCUCGAGAAGAUUGCAGAAAAGAUGAAGGAGUACGAGAUCAACGCCCUUGUGAUAGUAGGAGGAUUUGAGGCAUACCACAGUGCGUUACAGCUGGUGGAGGCGCGGGACAAGUUUGAUGCAUUUUGUAUACCCAUCAUGGUGAUACCGUGUACCAUCAGUAACAACGUGCCCGGGUCUGACUUCAGCCUGGGGGCCGAUACUGCUCUCAAUGAAAUCACAGAUAUAUGUGACCGCAUCAAGCAGAGUGCAACGGGAACGAAACGUCGCGUGUUUAUUGUUGAGACGAUGGGCGGGUACUGUGGUUACCUGGCAACUAUGAGUGGCUUGGCAGGUGGUGCAGAUGCUGCGUACAUCUUCGAGGAUAAGUUCUCCAUUACAGAUCUGAGGGAUGAUGUAUUUCAUAUAAAGAACAAAAUUAUCAAUGCAGGAGUGCAGCGGGGAUUGAUUCUAAGAAAUGAAUACGCUAGCCACAACUACACAACAGAAUUUAUUGAGCGCCUUUUCUCAGAGGAGGGUAAGGGCGUGUUUACUUGCCGUCAAAACGUCCUCGGUCACAUGCAGCAGGGCGGAGUCCCGAGUGUGUUUGACAGAAACUAUGGCACGAAACUGGCUGCCAAGGCUGUGGCCAUGCUUGAUCAACAAGUGAAGGACAGUUUGAAGGAGGACGGUCGUGUAUACAGCAACAGCCCAAAAACCGCAACUCUGUUGGGAAUGAGGAGAAGACAUCUAGAGUUCACUCCCCUGUCUGAACUGAAGAAGGUCACUGACUUUGAACAUCGUCUUCCCCUGGAUCAAUGGUGGCUGAAACUUCGCUCGCUUUUGAGAAUUCUUGCAAAGCACACAGAAAAGGCUUAUGUUGUGGAAAGUAUUAUCGAAACUGUCCAAGAUUUAGAAGAAGAAGACGAUGACUACUAGGCAUCCGAUUGGAUUAAAGUAUUAGAAGUACUACGCUUGGUUCUCCAGACCUGGACUCUGAAAGGGUCCAUUUCAGUG